UCUCCAACUCAUAUCUAGUUCAUUGUAGAAAGGAUGAGAUGCAAUAAACUUGAUAUUUUGGGAAGGUUUUGCAAUUACCAAAUUAUUACCGAACAUAUUUGUACGAAUAAGAAAGCCACGGAUUUUAAGCGGAGAAGGGCUACCAGUUGAGAGAAAGAAUGUCCGGCGAGCUUUGCGCAUUUGAAAAUCCCAGAAAAUGGCGGUUCACAUGGGAAGCUCAGUCUCACAUCCCAACUCUAAGGCUAUUCCUCUUCGAUCUUCACAGUAAACCCUCUGUUCAAUGCCGGAAUCUCCAGGUCCACGCCAAUCUUUCCCAGUCACUGGUUAUGGUCACUUGGCUUGAUGAUGAAGAAGUCUCACUUAGGGUUCCUAUUCCUAGGGUUUUGAUCGAUGAUGAGUCUCCGGUGAGUUUUAGGGCCUUCGAUGACCACAUAGAGGUCAAGCUCGUUCUUCUUCUCCCUGUGGGUCAUGCUAUUGUUUCCGGCUUCGGCUCGAUACUGAACUUUUCUGGCGAUGAAGAGAAUCAGAACUCGGAUGCUUCGAGCCCUCUUUCUGUUGAUUCGGAUAUAAGGAGUCUAUCAUCUAGUGAAGGAGUUCAUUUUUACUGCCGAAAUUGUGAAUUUAAAUUAACAAGAAGUCCUCUAAGAAGUUUUUCGGAAAUGCCAUCGGUUAACUGGCGUGAGGUGGCUGACAACUGGUUUGGAGCUUGCUGCUGUUCAUUUGGAGGCAUAAGUGAGAAGUUGGUUAAUAGUUUUGCGAAUUCGUACUCAUGCACAAAGGGUGCGUGCCUAGUGAACUUUGCUACCAUUGUUGUUUGUAUCGAUGAUAUUGUUGGGUGUAAUUUCUUUGACCUUGGCGGGGACGAACUUCAUGGAGUUGAAUCAGAUUUAACUGGUGACAUUGGAUUUGGUAAAUUUACUCUGACCUCAGUCAGUAAUCCUGUUUGUGAUGAGGAAUCUAGGGUUAAAAAUAUUAAGGAUGAAGAGUAUGGUGCGAGUGUUGUAUGCCAAGAUAUUGAUGAAGAAAGUAACCUUGAACGAUUAUCUCAUUUGUGUUUAGAAUCAGAUUUGGCUGGAAAUGAGGAACUAGAACAGGGAUGUUGCACACAUCAUGUAUCUGAAAAAUUGUUGGAUAAUGAGAAAGUUAUUCUAAGAACGGAGAUAUUGGGAGAUCAGAAAUCGUUUCUUAAUGGGUUCCUUGGAAACAUUUUUAUGAUUAGAUCAUCUAAUCUCUCGAAAGAGGUUGAGUGGGUCGAGUUCUUUUGCCCUCAAUGUUCGACUCUUCUUGGAGCUUAUCCUUGUACUAAGGGUUCUGCGCCUGUAGAUAGUGGGGUUCGGCUUUUUAAGUGCUAUAUAUCUACCAGCUUGCCAGCUGGAGGGUCCAAUGAUUUCUUCAGGAAGUACACUUUGGAAAGAAUGUUUGCAUCUCAGCUACUUGAUUGUGCAAAGGAUGAAUUGUCAUUCCGAACUGUGGCUAGAGAUCUGAAAACCCGAGUUCCUAUGUUGAAAGUUGUUCUUACAAAUUCAAAUUCAUGGUCCUGUACUGGAUAUUGUUCGGCCACACAGAGUUGCAUGGAAUCAGCACCGAAGCUUAAUCUAGAACCUAUCAUCAAGGUGCUGUUUUCAGAAUGCAGCAAAUAUACAGAAUCUGAAAUAAGGACAAUGGAAGAUCAGAUAAGAAAAGAUUUAGCUGGUGAAGUUUUCAUGCCAAGAUGCCAAAUAGAAAAUAUUGUUGAAUCUCUGGUGUCAGCAAAGAAUGCGCUUCCGCAUUGUUGUUCUUCCUUGCAGGGUUUGUCAUUAUCAUCUAUGCAUAUAUAACUGGCUGUUACUAUCACCAUAACUUUUAGUUUUGCUGCAUAACAAGUACCCAGAACCAAUGAGGAUUCCAGAUUUUGGGAAGAGUGUGAUGCCUAGAAUUUAAGGCACCAGACUUUGAACUUGCUUCAGUUAUACUAUUUCAAAUAGGUGAACUGAAUUUAUUUAGCUUCUGAUUUGUGGAGUAAUAUUUAGCAGUCAGCAGGAAAAGAUAUUCACAAGUUAUCUGCAAUCAGCUAUUAAAGAUCUUUGGGAUAACUUUUUAUCUUUAAUAUCAUUUGACAUGAAAUUUUGUAGAAGAGUAGGAAAGUUACUCUAUAGAACCAUACUUAUCUCUGAUUUUCUUACCAGAUUGUUGCACUUAAUUCUGCUGGAAUUUGUAAAUCAUUGGCUAAUUCCCAAGGUUUCCCGAUUGCAGCACCUUCUCCCUCUUGUGGACGGUAAAAUAUGUUGGAACUUGGAUUUUGCUGAUAAUUUUGCUAAGGUGUUACGAAAACAAAAAUGUUAUCUGCGAAUCUAUAAAAUAUAAGUGAAGUUUCCUUUUUCAAA